CAGAAAUCGCCGCAACUGCUCUCUCGAAAAAUAAAGCUUGACACCUAGCGGGACAGUCCACGGACAAGAUGGUGAUUUAAGUAACAGAGGGUGUUCCUCUCCCUUCCACAGCAGCCCCGGCCGUCGCCAUGGAGACAGCCGGCAGAUACGUGCUCAUCCACGGGAGAAACAUCUCCCAUAGCUCCCCGACGAGCCCCGGUGCUGCUGGGCCUCAUAUGUCCAUCGACAAGCUGUUCCCAGCCCUGCUCGAGUGCUUUGGCAUCAUCCUGUGUGGAUACAUAGCUGGCAGGGCGGACGUGAUCACGGAGAACCAGGCGAAGGGUCUGGGCAACUUUGUGUCUAAAUUUGCUCUCCCGGCCCUACUGUUCAAAAACAUGGUGCUGCUGGAGUUCGGCGACGUCAUCUGGUCCUUCCUAUGGAGCGUCCUGGUCGCCAAGGUGGCUGUGUUCACGCUAGUGUGUGUGCUCACACUAAUGGUUGCCAGUCCGGAAAACAGGUACGGCAAAGCCGGCCUGUACGCCAUCUUUGCCACGCAAAGCAACGACUUUGCCUUGGGCUAUCCCAUAGUGGAUGCUUUGUAUCGGAGCACGUACCCGGAGUACCUGCAGUACAUCUACCUGGUGGCCCCCGUGUCGCUCAUGCUGCUCAAUCCCGUCGGCUUUGCUCUGUGCGAGGUGCAGAGGUGGAGGAGGCGGAACGACCAUCACGGGGAGCGAAGCACGGCCCGAGUGCCGGCGGUCGUCGCACUACAGGUGUUAAAGAACCCGAUCGUGUUCAUGGUGGUCGUGGGCAUCGCCUCGCACUUUGCGCUGGGCCAGAAAAUUCCCGACGUACUGUCCCAGUUCAUCGACGGCCUGGCCAACUCUUUCGGAGGGGCGGCUUUGUUCUAUCUGGGCCUCACCAUGGUUGGUCAGCUGAAGAAACUGACACGAGACGCCGGCGUCGCGUUGAUUCUCCUCAUCACUGCCAAACUUCUGCUGAUGCCGUUGUUCUGCAAGGACAUGAUGGACAUUUUGGACGUGGGUGUCAACAGCACCAGCGCCAACCACACCAGCUUGUCCAACUUUGCCUUCCUCUACGGCGUCUUCCCGACCGCGCCCAGCGUGGCCAUCUACGCCGGAGACUACGGCAUGGAGCUGGAGGUGGUGACUUCGGGCAUGGUCAUCAGCACGUUCCUCUCGGCGCCCAUCAUGUACGUCUCGGCCUGGCUGCUGACCAUCCCGCUGAUGGACCCGGCGCCUCUGGUGGCCGAGCUUCAGAACGUCAGCUUCAACAUCAGCGUCGUCUGCCUGCUGGCGCUGGUUUGGACAAUCGCUGUGAUGCUGCUCAGCGGGAAGUUCAAGCGUCUUCCUCACCUCUUUGCCUUAAAUCUCUUCCUGGCUCAGUUCCUGGUGUGUGUGAGCAUGAUCCUGUGGAACUUCCUGGCCAGAGAAGAGGAUAAUCUGACAGGCAAAAUGCUGGCGUUCACGCUGCUCUACGGCUCUCUGUACAGCACGUACCUUUGGACGGGUUUAAUCCCGCUGUGCUUGGCUCUGACCAGCAGAGAUGAUCUGCUCAGGCUUCGGCCGGCCAUUUUUAUGGUUCUGGGUUGGGGGGUUCCUUUCUUGAUGGUGGGAGGUCUUUUGUUAGUCGGCCAGAGGACCGACUCCAUUGACUCUGCCUUCUUCUACAGCAAAGCUCAGAUUAUCAGCACAGCGGCAGUGCUGGCAGUCAGCCUGGCGCUGGCUGCCGUUUCUCUGAUGGGCCUCAGCCAGGGAGACCGGGAGCAGAGGGGCUACCACGUCCUGAGCCUUGCGGCGCUACCCGCCUCCAGUGAGGAGCAGCUGAGGACCCCUGCCGGUGUGGAAGACCCACUACAACAACAACAACAACAAGAGCAGUUAGCGGAACUUUCACCUUCUGCGUGCAGUAUUAACUCGGACCUCCACACGCCUCCUCCGCUCCGGUGCAUGCCGGAUAUGAUCACCAGCACGCAGAGAAACCAUGGCCACACGGGGACGCUGUGCGACGGGCAGCAGCAGCAGAGUUGGUCCUCUUCAGAACACCUGCCGAAUUUAGCAGCACCUGAGCGCCGACAAGCCGCAGAUGACAAGCAGACAGUCAGACACGUUCUGCUCUGUCUCCUGCUUAUUGUCAGCCUGUUAGCGAACCUGUCGAGCUGCCUGUGGUGGUUGUUGAACAAAGACCCCGGCCGUCUGUACUUGGAGCUUCAGUUCUUCUGUGCCGUGGCUAACUACGGCCAAGGCUUCCUGUCCUUCGGGAUCUUCGGCCUGGACCGCCACCUCAUCAUCGUGCCCUUCAAGAGGAGGUUGUCGGCGCUGUGGCGGGGACGAGAUGCGGACCGUAGCGGUCCGGCGGGAGGAGCUCGCGAGGAGGUCCGGCUCACCUGCACGCAGUUUGUGCGCUACCACGAAGAGCACUGCGUGCAAGGGCUGCUACAUCUGCGCAGUGCCUCAGGAGAGAGUGCGAGCGCUCCAGCCGGUGAAUCGUUGCUGUGACUUCGCCCGAGCACAACCGACACCGGUACGACGUCGAGCUGACACAUAAUGGCAGCGACCACCAUGACGUCCCCCUCAAAAGUGCCUUAAGGUGUGCUUCUUCCAUCCCCCUGUGAUGCUCGCUGACUUAAACUUCAUUUACACCUGUCCGUCAUCUCCCAAUCUGCUGUCUUUAUUUAUUUUGAAUGCAUCAAAAUCAUCAACACUAGCAAGCUACAAUAAAAGUGAUAUAAAAAAUGAGAAACAAAAAUAAAACAUUCACAACUACAUCACAAAUUUAUAAAAAAAUCAAUUUAAGAUUUAAAUAUUGAAUAACAAUGUAUAAUCAAUAAGACAUUUUGAAAAGUAAGUCUAUUCCCCGCCCAGCAUAUAAUAAGGCUUACGGAACAUAAAUGAAAUUUUUAUACAAUAACAAAACAAAAAUAUAUAUGCUGGAAAAAAAAAAAAAUAAACCUAUUACUUUUGCUUAGUCGAAGGUUUUUCCUUGAAGUGUACUCCCAUCAUACUGAGAUCCGUUUCUAACAUUUUGGUCUGCAUAUUUAACUUCGUGAGAAUCGCAAAAUACUCCGAAAGGUUGUGAGGAGCAGUAACGUUUGAUGACAGUUGAGCAUCAUCUUUUGUAAAAGCAUUUUUUGGGCUGCAAAUGAAAUGGGACAAAUGUGUUUUUAUUCAAGCCACAUUCAUAUUUCAGCUCCAUAUUUGCACUUGUGGUGAUGUGGCGUUCUCCUUUGUUAAAAUAUGCACAAUGCAUUUGACAUUUAGUCAUGCAUCGCGUUAUUAAUUGUUGCAAAUCAAAACUUGUGUGAGUAGUCCACUUGCGCGUUUUCAUUUCAAAACAAUUUCUGUCUUUAAUCUGGGAAUAAAAAAAGGACAUUUAACCACUGACACUAACAAAUGUUAACCUUAACGGAAAUGAAGAAAUAUUGAAAGUAAAUGCUAAAAUACAAACAAAUUAAUGCAAUUAAUAAAGCCAUCAAUUACAAAGUAAAUUCAUUAAUCAAAGACAAAUGUCAAAACAAAUCUAAAUUCAAUCAAAAGUAAUACAUAAAAAUAUAUGGUAAAAUAUAGCAAUAUAAUGAAUCAAGUAAAUUUAUUACUUCAAGACAAAUGAGAAAAAUGAAACUUUACUAAAAUUAAGAAAUGUAUUGAAAUAUAUUUUUUUAAAUUAAUCAAUGAAACAUGUCCAUUAAAUUAAGACUUCUAGUAAAAUUAAACCUUUGUUUAUUAAAAUUAAUACAUUUAAAAAUACAAUAAAUGUAAUUAAUGACACAAGUCAAUUAAAGACUCGAGUAGAAAUAAAAGUUGAAAAAAUAAAGUCAAGAAAUAAAUUAAAAUAAGAAUAUUGAAAAUAAAUUAAAUGAAAGCUAUAAAACAGUCGGUUAAUUCAGGACAAUAGUUAGUAGUUAAACCAAAAAGUAAAACUUGAUUUACUAAAAUUAAUCCCAAAAACAUGCAUGAAUUGGAGACUCUAAAUUGCCCGUAGGCAUGACUGUGAGUGUGAAUGGUUGUUUGUUUCUAUGUGCCCUGCGAUUGGCUGGCAACCAGUUCAGGGUGUACCCCGCCUCCUGCCCGAUGACAGCUGGGAUAGGCUCCAGCACGCCCGCGACCCUCGUGAGGAGAAGCGGCUCAGAAAAUGGAUGGAUGGAUGAAUAAAGAAAAUUAAAAUAUUGAAAAAGUAAAAAAAAAAAAAAAAAUCUACCAAUUGGUAAAGUCAAUUAAUUCAACAAAAAAAGAGUAAAAACUACUCUCUCUCUCUGAAAUGAAUGAAUCUGAGUCGACGUCGCUCAUGUUUUGAACUCCCAAGUUUUUUUUGACUUUUUCCCCACUUCUGUACCACCACUUUUUUUUAGCUGUUUGACUUUAGAGUUUCUGCUCUUGUGAGAAAUAUUAUUUUAAAGCACUGGACAAAUUCAACUACUGUACUGUCCACUUCCUCACGUUAAGCUGCUCAUUUCUUUUACUGUGAAGUUAAAUGCUGCUGCUGCUACAAAAAAACACAUUUGU